GUCUGAUGACCCGGAUGUGGUGUUAGUGGAAAACGCACGCGUUUCUUGUUAUUUCUAGGAAGAGGGUAAAAGUUUAUUCAAUUUGUGUUGUUCUGGAUGAAAUUAAAAUAAUGAACAGCCGGCUACAAGAGAUAAGAGAAAGGCAGAAGUUACGUCGACAGCUGUUAGCGCAGCAGUUGGGAGCUGAAAAUGCUGACAGUAUUGGUGCUGUACUCAACAGCAAGGAGGAACAGAAAGAGAUUGAAGAAGCCAGAGAAACCAGUAGAGCUUCUUAUGACACCUCAUUUUCUGCAAAUAAACGCAAGUCUCAGAAUGAAGGUGAUGUUAUUGAUGAAGAUAGUGAUGUACAAAGAGAUGAAAUAGAACAACAGCUACCUGAUGAGAAUCUGCAAUAUGAAGAAGAAAUAUAUAAAGAUUCAAGCACAUUCUUAAAGGGAACUCAAAGCUUGAAUCCUCACAAUGACUACUGCCAACAUUUUGUGGAUACUGGCCAUAGACCACAAAACUUUAUUCGGGAUGUAGGACUUGCUGACAGAUUUGAGGAAUACCCAAAACUCAGGGAACUAAUUAGAUUAAAAGAUGAAUUAAUUUCUUCAACAAACACACCUCCAAUGUACCUUCAAGCUGAUCUGGAGACAUUUGACUUGCAUGAUCUUAAAUGUAAGUUUGAUGUGAUUCUUCUUGAGCCACCUUUGGAAGAAUACUACAGAGAGUCCGGCAUUAUAGCCAAUGAGAAGUUCUGGACCUGGGAGGAGAUAAUGAAGCUUGAGAUAGAAGAGAUUUCAGCACUGAGAUCGUUUAUCUUUUUGUGGUGUGGUUCAGGCGAGGGUCUUGACCUUGGACGAGUGUGCUUGCGGAAGUGGGGAUUCCGAAGAUGUGAAGAUAUUUGCUGGAUCAAAACUAACAAAAAUAAUCCGGGAAAAACAAAAACCUUGGACCCCAAAGCUGUGUUUCAGAGAACAAAAGAGCACUGCCUGAUGGGGAUCAAAGGUACUGUAAAAAGGAGCACAGAUGGGGAUUUUAUCCACGCCAAUGUAGAUAUUGAUCUGAUAAUUACAGAAGAGCCCGAGAUAGGCAACAUCGAAAAACCUGUUGAGAUAUUUCACAUCAUUGAGCACUUCUGUCUCGGACGUAGGAGACUGCAUCUCUUUGGAAGGGACAGCACAAUACGACCAGGAUGGCUGACGGUGGGCCCAACGCUUACAAACAGCAAUUUCAAUGCGGAGUCGUACUGUUCCAACUUUGCACCUCCUAAUUCUCACUUGACUGGCUACACUGAGGAAAUUGAGAGACUUCGUCCCAAGUCGCCACCUCUUAAGUUGAUGCCUGAACGAGGAGGAGGAGCCCCCAGAGGAGGAGGAAGAGGAGGAGGGGGUGCAGCAGGGCGUGGGGAUCGGGGAAGAGAGAGGAACAGACACAACUUUCGUGGGGACAGAGGGUCAUUUAGAGGUGGACGAGGUGGGCUUCAUAGAGGAGGAUUUCCAACCAGGUGAUAAAAUCUGGCAGAAUUUUUUUUUUAUGCUAAAUAGAAGAAUGAUUCCAAGUGGGUUUAUCCAAACACGACAGACAA